UGUGUUGGGGUUGAAACUGAUAUUCUGUAAUGUAAACACUGAUUUGUUACAUUUGAAUUGCAGUUAAAAAAUGCUGUGCAUAUAUGACAGGAUGGAAUUUCCCAUCAGCUUUUGGUUCAUAGCCUUGGAGAUGAUGUCAGCUGCUUGUAUUCCAGUGGUUGGAAUCAUUAAAAGGGUAGAGUGAGUUUCCAGAGCUUUUUUAUAGCCGCUCCUCACUCUUUUGGCAUUCAGAGGCGAUCUGCCGAGAUUUUCAGAUUGAAAUUAGAGGUGAGAUGGAGAAUUUGAGCAUAUGACAGUUUCCAAUUCAGUCUUCCACGAUAGCUAUACAAAGUUUCCAGUCCUGCCCUGCAUACUGUGAUUUCCUCAUUUGUUAAAAUAGCAUUCCGGCACAUUAUAGUUCACUGAAAAAAAGCAAAAAAAACACAGCUCUUUCAGUCUGACUUUUAUUCAUAUUUCAUAAGUAUUGUGUCAUCUGAGAGCACAGCCACACUCCCUGGCAACGGGGAGUAGCAGACUACCUAAAUCUCUCUGUGGUUUGAGUAUUAUUUGGAAAAGUAAACCACACUCCUCCAUAAGCUGCUGGGGUGUAGAUGAAGACAUGUGUUCCCUGUCUUAUUUCUGGCUUAUUAGAAUUGGGGUGACUUAACCCACUGCUUCUUGCUUUUUGAAACGCAGUCAUACAUGAAGAUUUAUGUGUGACUGCACUGACCUCAAAACCUAUGUGUCAUUUGUUUUCAAGCAGAGAUGUUGCUAGCACAUACACAUAUGUUAUUUUGACAAUAGGUAGUGUUUCUUUCUUCCUUCAGUUCUUAGUGUCUUCUUUUAGCAUUUCAGUAACACAGUUUUGAAAACCAUUUCUAACUGUAAUCAUCACUAUUAUGUCCAGUAAGAAGGCUUUUUAAUUCCUACCUACUCCAGCAGUGGACUGCUUGGAGCUGGCCCCACUAAUUGGACACACCUUAAACCAUGAUCUCACAUGGCUGGCUUCCCUCGGGGUAAAAUGUGGAAUUAGUUAAGGUAUUGUGAAUCGCCACAGCUGUUUCCCUGACGUGCAGGCAGUCAUAGGGCACAGCUGCUCACACGAGUUACAGAUGAAAACUAUGACAAGACUGACAGAUCAAACUGAGACCCUUGAAGAAUGCAGGCAUGUGGAAUUUGAAACACAGUGACCAAAGUAAAGGUACAGAAAACACAGGGCCUCAAAUAGGCUAGAGUCUUUCCCCUUUCUUUGUUGAAAUUAUACCUAGAGACAACAAGUCUGUCGUCUUUUAGAAAAAUCUGUAAUUUGGCCUACAGCAUGGUGCCAUCAGAAGUCCCACUCAGAUUCUGUGUGCUCAAACGGCAAGGCAAAGGGUGUGAUUUAAAGAUGUCCACCCACUAGAUGCAAUGAAGCAAGAGGAAAAUGAGAAAACGACAAGCUGUUACGGGUAAUGAGUUAGUGUGUGUUUGAAUACUGGGUGUUUUAUCUCAUUGAUGCUUUCAGACUGAAGAGGCUAAACCAGACAAAAUGGCUAUCAUCCAGAAAAUGGGGAAGAAUGGCUCGUCUUUGUUACCAGACUGAAUCCAACGCACUGACCGUAAAUACCAGCAAAACUUCUUAAUAAACAGACAAGAAUAUUAGUUCAAAUUUUUUCUUCUUCUCUUUAAAAAAAAAAAAACCCUAAUAUUUUUCUAGUUUUAAAACGCUGAGGUUCACACCAACCUGUUUAAGUGAGUUUAGUGCACAGAUCUUGCCUGUAUGUAGCCCCUCUUUGUUUCUGUUAUGCACUUUUCCAGGGCAUAACAGUUGGAUGCCUCCCACUCUCAGCCUGUGUAACAUUCAGGGUGACCUCGCAUGAAUCAGGCCUUUGUGUGGCCUCAAUAGAAACUUUUACAUAUCUCCAACAACAUUCAGACAUUUUAUGUCACAAAGAACAAUUUCCCUUCAUUUGCAUGACCUUCAUUAUCAGUGUUUGUGUUGUUUAGAUGAGAUAUAGAAAAAGGCCAGCAAAUCACAACAGGCGUGAGUUAAGUUUACUGCAGAUCUGUUUAACAAGACAUUCUCCCAGUGACAAGCUUAAACUGGCAUCAGGACAAUAAAAGGCAGGUGUAAUAUGAAGUUGUACACCAUGAUAUAUUUCUCUAGAGGGCACUAUCACUGUGCAUACAGUAUGUUUGUCAUGCAUAUGCGCGUUGAAGCACUACACAGUUCCUAUGUUGAAUUUUACUAGUUGUCAGACUGCUAAUGAAUUGAUAUUCUUGUGAGCCUUAUCAUCUCCUAACAUACAGUGUAGCAACUUAAUGAACCGCAGACACAAACAGGCACGUAAGCAGUUUCAGCGAGGGCAUUCACACUGAAACUGAGCAGGAAGUUGAAAUACUUUGGAGUGUGGAUCCAGGCAGUGUGGCUGUUCCAGCUGUGGUGCUUUUUGUGGCAUGGUUUUGUAAAAACUGCAGUUAGACAUAGUGUAUUUACUCCAUGCUGUAAAGAGUCUCAGUUCAUGUGAUCAGCAAAAAAUCAAAUGCAUGCCGUGCUUUUGAAAGAUCCCCCCACUGAAAACAACGCUGCAUUGUUUCAGAAAAGAGGACACAGUGUGAUAGCUAAAAUUAUGACUCGAGGGGGAUGUUUGCUCUCUCGCUAAGUAACUUUAUUUAAAGUGUCCCUUUAAAAAACAAAAAUAAUAAAUCUGUGUUUAGUGAAAUCUACAGAGACUGAAGUAAUAAUUACUGGGCCUUAUCUUUUCUGUGCAGUUUCCAGAGUGGGGCUAUUAUGUGUAUCUUGAAAAGAAUUCCUGGCAGUCCAGUCGACUUCUUUCAUGUUCACCUUCCUGACAGAUUUAUUAAAUUGAAAUAUAUUCAUUUAAACACAGACAGCCUGAAAAAAAAGCUCUGCGUUCUUUCUUUUAUGGUUGGCACACAUAUUUUUCUUUACAUAGCCGUGGCUUUGUUAUGGUGCAAUGUUUGGUGUGAAAAUAUUUGAGCUGCUUAGUGAUAAAGUGAGGGUAAUGUACCAUAGCAGGUCCAGUUCACCGCUGGAAUUAUGUCGAGAAAUCGCACUGAAUGGACCCAGAUGUCAUUAUCUAACUGACCCGCAAGCUUACUCUGGCUCUGCAGUAGCAUUAGGCACAGGGUGAACAUGCAAACUGCCUAAGGCAGAUUGUGACAAGCAGAUAUUAUACACUACAGCAAAAUGCUAAUAAUGUCACAAGAUCGGUCUUUAGAUAUUUUUAGAAGUUUUUAGAAAUUUAUGUUAAUGACACUGGAGAAUUUGAGUUAGAUCAGGUGAUAUAAAAAAGCGCUGUGGCAACAAGUUUUUGUUUUGCUUGCAGUAAUAAACGAUACACAUAGGAGGUGGCGAGUUCUCAUAGGGUCCAUGUGCUCUUUUUCCUCCUAAUUUCUUUCCAUCCCACAUUGCUUAGGAAGUAAUGGCCUUUCCAGACCCUCCUUAAAAAGCUUGUGUUUACAGUGAGUGACCUCUUACCAAAUUACCAGCUGCGGCUCUGGCCCUGUUUUGUCUUUCUUCGGGAACUGCCGCCUCUCCAGCUAUGCGCCUCUAUAACUUGUUUUGCGAUAAAAAAAUUGUUAUACAAGUGAUAAAAAUAUAUUUUGAGCAAGGAGGUAAGUGUAGGUGUGGUCUUUUGAAUGGGUGAAUGCAGUUGUCAUGAUUUCUCUGUGAAGGGGGAAUAGGGGAGAUGAAGCGGAUGAAGAUAAGGGAUUCUGUUUAAUGUGGGCUGAAAAAUGGGGUGGUGCAGGAAGGUGAAGCUCAAAGUCACAAAUUGCAGGUAACAGAUGGGGGUUGGCUAUAUUAGGAUUGCAGUGCGCAGGAAUAAAUCAGACCGUCUUUAACAAAUUGGCUGAAAAUCCAGCAUGGGGGAGCUGCCACCCCACUAAGGAGGGAUUUUUCCUUCACGGCGAGGACACUGAAUGUGGUGGCUAGGUCACCUAGCCGCCAUCUGCAGAGGUGGCCCACUGUGUUUGCCUUCUCUAGUAAUGAAAUAUUUUAGUGGCAGUCAACAGACAGCUUGACUGUGGGGGAGCCCCAACAUCUAUUAGGCUGUCCUUGAGUGACUGGGAGACAAAACAUAGAGUAAAGAAGGCAGAAAUGAGGGUGGGAAAUCUUGAAAAUGGGACAAGUUUGUCAUAAUAGGUUAGGGUUUAAAGAGAAUCACUUGUGUGACUGUAUAUGGGUUAUGUAAGUGUAGGAGUAUUGAUGCAUUGAUGAUGUAAUUAGAUUGAGAUUCUCAGAUGCAGCAACUAAUCUUUUUGCUAACUCCCUAACUCUGUCCUUCCAGUCUGCUACACACCAACAUCUCCAUUCAUCUCUUAUCCUCCUUAUCAUUCGAUGGUAUUUGGUGGUGGUGUUUGUAGAGUGGAUUGCACAUUCUAAAGUGAAAGUGUAGACCUGCUGAUAAAGCACUGGCAAUAAGCACUCAUUUCACAAUAGAAAAUCAAAUGUAUUCCGUACCAGACAGUGUACAGUUUCCUAAAUAAAGCAAAAAAUAAAGAGUUUCAAGUCGGUCACAGUGUUUGGAGCAAAUUAACACAGGAAAUCUCUAUUUAUUUUAGAAUAUUGUUAGUUCUAGUGUUGUAUACUUAGUGUGUGUUCAGAGUUUUCUUCUUGAAGUGAGGAAAAUUAGGUGAAACUUCAGAACUUAAUGCUUCAACGCAAUCCAAAUCCCGGGCUUCUCGGUUUUUAUGAAGAGGAACUACAUGCUGUUACAAAGUACAUGUUAUUUUCAUACCUUUGAUUAUCAAGUAGCACUAUCAUUAUUGUUUUGCGUAACUGUCAACUCGUCUAACAUGGUUUGGGAGUGAGUCAGUUCUGCAGAAGUAAGGUGUGGUUUUGAAGAGUUGGCAAUGUCUUAAUGAAAAGUAAACACAGCAGCACCACCUGAGGAAGUUAGUGAGCAGGAAAAUUUCCAGGAUGGAUUUAAGCCCCAGUGAGAAGAUAAAAUAAAUUAGCAUGCAAUCCCUUUGACUUCUCUCGUUUGUUUACUGCCAUAAUUGCAUCAUUGCCAUCAUGAGUAGAUCAUUCAUAAUUAAAACCCAUGACAAUUCAGCAUAUUUACCAAAUCCACUGUGAGCACACAUGCUGCAGCGUGUGCCAGUAGACUGUCCAUUGGCUCCGCCCACAGAUUCUGCCCAGGGAGGCAAAGCUGCUUACCUUUCUGCUCAUGGCCACUGGGAGAGUGCUAAAACUCUCAGAGGCACAGCAAGAGGGCUGAUAGGAUUUGGGUACAGGAGGCAGAUUUCUGAUGUCACAGCUUUGGGCGUGGCUUUAAGGUGGGCCCUUUAAAGCUAUACUGUUAGAUUUUAGUCUGUCUGACUACUCAUGGGAGACACACAGCAGAAUGGAAGUUAUUUGAGCGGGAACAACUUUAGGUGAAGAGGGUGUCGACCAAAAGCAAAGCACCAUCCCCGCCUGGAUUAAAGAGGCUGGAGUCCCCAGGUUUCUCCCAGCGGUACCCAGGAAACCCUUAUUUAAAGAUGGACCAGAAGGAGAACCUUAUUGAUAAAGAACUCUCUCUGACCGUGGUUCUGCCUGGUGGAGUGGAAACAACGGCCAUAGUUCAUGGAAGCGAACCCCUAAUGGAUCUUCUGGUGACACUCUGUGCAAAGUAUCGCUUGAACCCCUCAAGUCACACUUUAGAGCUGAUUACUUCCAACAAGAACAACAUCAAGCUCAAACCCAGUGCUCUCAUAGGAACUUUAGAUGCAGAGAAGAUCAUACUUAAACCUAAAGGGGAGGAUAAAAAUAAGAAGACAGGUCCUCAGAUGCCCGAGGCAACUGUUCGGAUGGUGAUAAACUACAAAAAGACCCAGAAAACUAUAUUGCGAGUAAAUCCUCGAGUCCCCCUUGCUGAACUAUUACCAGCAAUCUGUGAGAAAUGCGAAUUUGACGUAGAGACAACAAUCCUGUUGAAAGAUGUCCAAUCAAGGACCCCUUUAAACUUGUCCAAUUCUCUUAAUGAUUAUGCAAUACGGGAGGUUUAUGCAAGAGACACACAAGCACAACCUGCUACGCCUGUGUGUCCAGACUCACCGACUUAUGCAGGAACAGUCACACCGGGCAAAGAUAAAACUCAAAAAGAAAAGGAAAAUAAAGGCCUCUUUGGCGUGUUCAGAAAAAGCAAGAAAAAAUCUGACCAGCCAACGACAGCCAGUGCCCCAGCUUCUCCUGUUCUCGUGAGCAAGCCUCGACCACUCAGUAUGGCUUUGCCCAGCUCCAACUCGUCUCCGCUCGGCUCUCCGACAAUCUCGACUGAUGCGCCAAAGAAGAGGCGUGCACCCCAGCCUCCGAUCCUCGUAUCUCAGAGCUGCACCUCUGACCCUAGGACUCGCCAGAGGCUCUACUCUGAACCGAAUGUUCGACUGCACGGCGAUCAGGUGUGUGGCCUGAGUCGUGGGUCGUCAGCAGAGUCUUCACUGAAGAGAACCAAACGCAAGGCGCCGCCUCCUCCUGCAUCUCCAAGUGCAGUUGCUCAAGAACCUGUUCUUCCAGAUGAAAAUGUGCAAGCAGGUGAUGCUGCUCACAGACUGGAAGAAAUAAGGGAGCAAGAGGAGAUGACUGCAUCUGUAAUGUCUGCAACUGCUAGUAAAAUGCAAGGAGUAGACGACAGCCUCAACACGUCAUCUGAUGUUUCGCCACAUUCCCCGUCCCCAGAUGUUGAGAUACAGAGCAUGAUGUCAGUGGAAGAUCAGUCCCCUGAUCUGUCUUCAGAUGGCAAUCAACAGCAGAGCACAGUGAAUGAUUCUGUAACUCAGACUGUGAGGAAAACUGAUGGCGCAGACUCAUCUGAACUGGCAGAUACUAAUUGUGUCCCACUUCAAGUUGAAAAUUCCAUCUGUCAGGAGUCUGCAACUCACAGUGUUGAAACCGAAUGCAAUACUACAACUAGCAGCCUCCCACCGCCUGUAAUGCUGAAUGCGGAGACACAGGCCUCUGUUCAAGCAAACGCUGAAAGCCUCAGGGAGAAUUCGGUGGCCACCAGCACAUCAUGCUCCACUGGAGAAGAUGCUCAAGUGCAAUCAAAUUUCACACAGCUCCCCGUGCCCCCGCCAAACAACGCGGACGAAGAUUCCUCACCAGCAAUUGCCCCCGUCUGUGAAUCACCCGGGAAAAAAGAUAUGGCCACUUUGACGGAGGAUCUGGGACCUCCUGAGCUUGAGCAAGCAUUACCCCCCACCUCGGAGACCUCGUUAUGCCAAGAUUCAACACCAAGUGCCCCCGUCACAGCAAAAGUGCCACCUAUGUAUGCCACAGACUCUGAGCCAAAGCCUAAGCCUUCCAACGAACUUACAAGGGACUACAUCCCCAAGGUGGGGAUGACAACGUAUACUAUUGUGCCUCCGAAAUCUCAGGAGAAACUGAGAUAUUUUGAAGUUGCAUUGACACUGGAGACGCCUACUGAAGCCUCACAACAGGUACUCAAUACUGAUUCUGCUCAUUCAGAUGAGAGCACAAGACAGAUGGAACAGGAAGUCUCAAAGGAAAAAAGUGAGCUGCAUUCUACUUUACACAGGGAAGAUGGACUGCCUAACACUGCUACUAAUCAACACACUGUUAACGGAGGUAUACCUGAAUCUACUCAGUUGUCAUCACCGACAAGUUUAUGUAACACAGACAAGGUGUCAUCCUCAGUUGGGGCAUCUCCAGCUGGGUCCCCAGCAGAGGUCAAGGAAAUGAAAAUUCCACCUGCAACGAAACCUAAGCCUGCCUCUUUCCGCUUGUCACAGCACAAAAAAACACCUGGGUAUUAUGUAACUUCAGCAGCAGAGAAGAGUCUUGGCGCCAACUCUAGCUCUGGCCUGAGGGAAGUUCAAGGAAGUGCAGAAAGAGCAAACUUACCACCCCCUCCUCUUCCUCCUCCUGCGCAGUGUGACGAGGAGACAACAGGGGCCGCUAAUAUUCAGCUGAGCCAUAAACAGGUCAACAGGAAUGUGCCCCUCAUGAGAAUGACAAGGCAAAGUAGUCUGCCAGCUAGAGAGCCAAGCACUGGGCUAAGCUUGGAAAAAUUUCGAAGCUUUGCAGCACCCAGGCCUUAUUCUCCUGCCACCCCGUCCCGCUUUGCUCAGGCAGUGUCCUCGGCUGUGAAAAGGAGUCAUUCUGUUACCUAUCGGCCAAAGCCACCUCUCUCACCUGUGUUAACACCUGUCUCUCCAACUCCAAGUCUCUCAUCUGUCACAGAGUCAAAGCAGUUAUCUAAACUCAAGGACUGUGAACAUAGCGAGGUGGAUAGCAAUGGCUCUACCUUACAGAGCGAAGGGGGUGAACCGCCAUCUAAUAGUGACAAUGUUCAAACCGGAGAGUCCGGUCCAUAGCAGUGCCUUAAUUCUUCUGACUGCAUAUCAUUUACAGAGAAACUUGUCCUGCCUGCUUUGGCUUCUCUGGAGCCCUUUAUCCCAGGACAAAGAAGAAGAAAGCCGCCCCCCUUUUUUUUUUUUUUUUUUCUUUAGUAGUUUCCAACAGCAUACAUAAAAUCAUAUAUUUUGUUAAUUAACAAUUGCUAAAUUUUGGUUUAUUUUCUCACAUCAUUAAGCGAUAUAACCCCGGCUGCACAUUUUAAUGAUUCUAUUUUUAUUUUGUUUUCACUCGAGUGCUCAGAGAUGAUAAAUAAGAACAAUUCGAUAAAUUAUUAGUGAUUUCCUGAGUUGUAAUAUUAUUGGGUGUAUUAAGAAAAUGUAUUAUCUAAAUAAUACUGGAUGUUUAGACCAGGACUGACCUGUCUAUAUUUAAGUAUUACAGAGUUUUGUUUAAUCUAUAUGCAGAAAGACACUGAUGUGUACAGUACACUUAUUGUCAUUGGCAAGCAGUGUUAUGAAUAAAGCUUUUAUCAAGCCGGUUGCUUUUAUUAUUAUAA